AUAAAUUACCUUUCUUAAUCGCUGGUUACCGCAAUAAACCUUACCUGUUGCUGUAGCGACGACUGCGUCAUAACUUGAAGCGAAUCACCUACUCCGUUUUUUUAACUCAUCACAUUUUCGAUCAAAAUUUAAUUCAUCAACUUUCUUCAUGAAACACAAAAAGGGCUCAAUAAUGUCGGAGCGAGAACAAUUUCGAAGAUAUCUUGAAAAAGCUGGGGUCCUAGACGCUCUGACAAACGCAAUGACAGCACUGUACAGCGAGGAUGAUAAACCGGACAAUGCCUUGCAUUUUCUGAAGCGUCACGUCAUCGCUCAGGAGGCCGAGACUCUUGCCUCUCAAAAAGCUGCACUGCAGCAAAAGUGCCAGCUUCUCGUGGAGGAAAAUCAGAAGCUGAGGAGCAAGCUGACGCAGUACGAGCCAUCACCUGAAGCUGCGGACGAAAAGGGAUUGUAAAAUCCCUAUUUUGGACUACAUAUAAUCAUCUUUUGUUUACCGAUCUAGGCCAGCGACAUAGAAGGACGGGCAGAACAAUUAAAUGCCCUUCCACUCGAUGGCAGAAGGUGCAAAUAAUGUGUAUCCACUUGUCGCUCAUACAACAGAAUAGUAGCUUUGCGGUCAACUGAACAGGGUCACAAAAAGACCGCGUCAUUCCGUCGUCAUUCGUUGGAGAAGUAGUUUUCAUGAACAUGAACCGCACAGGAAACUUCUCUGAGGGUUCCAGCAACAGAACAGGAAAAACGUUGUAGGCACGAACGUCGGCUGCGUUUGGCUUGAAUUCAUUUCCGCUUCCGCUGCUUACGUAACGUCCGCUUCGACGUGAUGGAUUUGCAUCUGGCUUUGCCAGGCCCUCAGGGCGACUUCGGUAGAAACAGAUACUUGGGGAACAAACUGGGGGGGAAAUAGAAGUACUGGUUCCACUCCUGCCCUUAAGCAAACGUAAAACAGUACAGAAAAAAAACCAAACAUUUUUGCCGUUAUAUACAAUACCCAUUUGGAUAACAUGGCACAACAGAAGAAAACCCGUGCACACAAAAUAGUUGCACUCUUUUAUUAACUGCUCAUACUAAAAAGGACAAAUAUUUACAGUCCAUUUGGCAUGUUGAUUUUUAAGAGGUAGCUAGCCCUGGCCCAACCUUUAUGCUCGUUUCGUCGUGUCGUCUGGUUGGUUGAAAAAAGUAAACGGCCUACUUUGACACAGUGGGGUCGAAAGCCGUUUUCAAAUGCGGGGAGUCCAAGUCAAAAGAAAUACCGGUACUCUAGAACAGAUGCCUGAAAAAUCUACCCAAGCGCUACAGGACGUCCUCGAGUUACGCCGCGCUCGACCUACGACGUUUCGACUUGACGACGCCCGUGCCUCGUCCGCCGUUGUGUCCCAGCACCGCCGCAGUGUUUCUGCUUAGCUAGCGCAUAGCGCUUGUUUGUGUUUGUGCGCCGGGAGUAUCUUUGCCUUUUUUCACACUCUCAGCAGUAAUGGUAAGUACAGCAUCUUUUUUAAAAAUGUGUUUUAUUUGAAUGUAUUUUAGUUUCUUUCUACGAAGUGUUAACCUUUCCCGACCACGGUCACCUGAGCGUGGCGGGUGUCGACUCCCUUCUCUCGUGGCACAGCCGAGCUGGGCGGCGGCAACAAUAAAGGCACGAAGCGCCGAUUUGCUGCUUUAACGGCUUCGACGUCAACGGGUCCCUCCGCUAAUCGCCGUCACGACGCUUGCCACGCCACACACUCGCACCGGCGCGCACUCCUGACCCUCUCACACAUCGACGCACACACUGAGCUGCCUGUCACAAUCACGUGGGAGAAUACCGGUAACAGAAGUAUUUUGCCGUAGAUUUCGACUUUAACGGUGAAAUCAGACUUACGCGGGAAAUGGUGUUACGUCGCCAGCGUAGGAACGGAACUCGUUCGUAAAUCGAGGACGUCCUGUAUAAUGAAGUAUUUGGACUUUGUUACACUGCAGAGGUUGAAAAAUGCCUGAAAUUUGUCAGAAAAAUAAAGAUCCAGAGAACUGUGACCAAGUAUUUGUACUUUGUUACUUUCCACCACUGCCUUCCCACCAGGAAAAUAAGGACUUAAGUCCAGACACCUGAAUAAUCUACUUAAGUACUGUAACGAAGUAUUUGUAUUUCGUUACU